UCAUCAUGACAACAGAGAAGAGUUUAGCGGCGGACGCUGAGAAUCCGGAGCAGCAGCAAGCGAAGGAGGAGGAGGGAGCUGCUGAAACGCAACAGCAAGAGGCUUCUUCGGAGGAAGCGGCUCAGCAGGCGUCGGAAGGACAGACCCCGUCGGGGCAGAAGCAGGCGGCCUCCAACGGCGAUACCCCCACGCACGAGGAGCAGAGCAAGAAGGAACGCCGCACCUCAGAGGGCCGGGGCUUGUCCCGCCUGUUCUCGUCCUUUCUCAGGAGGCCCAAGUCUCAGGUGUCUGAAGAGGACAAAGACGCUGAUGGUCCUAAGGAGAGGGAAGGUGAGCAGAAAGAGCCAGGAGUAGGAGCCAGUCCUGAUGAAGAGAUCCUGGUGAAGGCUCCAAUUGCAGCUCCCGAGCCUGAGCUCAAAACCGAUCCGUCGCUAGAUCUCCAUUCGUUAAGCAGUGCGGAAACGCAGCCUGCUCAGGAGGACAGGAGGGACGACCAGGACCCGGACAACCCCAGAGACCCUGAGGACAAGGAAGGAGGUGGAGUGCAGGAAGAGUGCUCCAAGCCAGAGCUGAAAAAGGAGACUCCAGAGACAAAAGCAGACAAGGAUUUGAAAGCUACCCAGAGGGCAGUAAAAAGACACAGAAACAUGUACUGCAAAGUUGUCUUGCUGGAUGACACCAUUUUUGAGUGUGCCGUGGAUAAACAUGCCAAAGGGCAGGAUCUACUUAAAAAAGUCUGUGACCACCUCAAUCUCCUGGAAGAAGACUACUUCGGCUUGUCCAUAUGGGACACACCAACCUCCAGGACGUGGCUGGAUCCCGCCAAAGAAAUAAAAAAGCAGGUUCAUGGAGGCCCCUGGGAUUUUACCUUCAAUGUCAAGUUUUAUCCACCAGAUCCCGCGCAGCUGACGGAGGAUAUAACGAGGUAUUACUUGUGUCUUCAGCUUAGACAAGACAUCCUUAAGGGGCGGCUGCCUUGUUCCUUUGCGACUUUGGCUCUGCUGGGUUCUUACACAGUCCAGUCCGAGUUGGGAGACUAUGAUCCAGAUCUACACAGCGCGGAUUAUAUCACUGAAUUUAAAUUGGCCCCAAACCAGACUAAAGAACUUGAGGAGAAGGUUAUGGAGCUUCAUAAAACAUACAGAUCCAUGACACCAGCCCAAGCAGACCUGGAAUUUCUUGAGAAUGCAAAAAAGCUGUCUAUGUAUGGAGUUGACCUUCACCAAGCCAAGGACUUGGAAGGAGUGGAUAUCACUCUGGGAGUCUGUUCCAGUGGCCUUCUUGUUUACAAAGAUAAGCUGAGAAUCAACCGCUUCCCUUGGCCCAAAGUCCUGAAGAUUUCCUACAAACGCAGCAGCUUCUUUAUUAAGAUUCGGCCAGGGGAGCAAGAGCAAUAUGAAAGUACAAUUGGAUUCAAGCUACCAAGUUAUCGGGCAGCAAAGAAGCUGUGGAAAGUAUGUGUUGAACACCACACGUUUUUCAGGCUAACGUCCACCGAGGCGAUCCCGAAGAGCAGGUUCCUGGCGCUGGGCUCCAAGUUCCGCUACAGUGGCCGGACGCAGGCGCAGACGAGGCAGGCGAGCGCCCUGAUCGACAGACCGGCUCCCCAGUUUGAACGGACGGCAAGUAAGCGGGCCUCCAGGAGCCUCGACGGAGCUAAACGUGCGACUCAAAAAGUUGAGUUCAGAGCCGUAGAGGAAGAGAAGCAGGAGGAGGUGGUGGUGGUUGAGGUUCCCGAAUCAAAACCCGUGGAUCAGUCCCGAGAGAAGCCAGGUAUAGCUGUGGUGGCUACAAAUCUCUGCAGUGCAUUGCCUAUCCUUUCCCCACUGAGACGCCUUUACAUGCUUGUUCUUGACAACUCUGAAAAUUUUCACCAAAUCUGGCAGCUUUCUUUUUCGUUUCUUUGCAAGGAGAGUUUUGUACUCGGAGAACAGAGAGCUCGGGAGUGGCCUGGGUCUGGGAGUGUGGAGACUUCCCAGAUUUCUGCAUUGCACCUCGCUAGGCAGUUAAUCCCCACGAACUGUAGCAACACGCAGCGCCUAAAAAUCAAGUUGUGUUCGCUGGGUUUUGCAGCCGAGUUUGCGGAGGUGGGGAAAACGCACAUUGAGGUCACCGUGCCCACUGCGAAUGGUGACCAGCCCCAGAAAAGAUCAAAGAGGCUAGAUGGUGAAAACAUUUAUAUCAGGCAUAGCAAUUUAAUGUUGGAGGAUCUAGAUAAGACCCAAGAAGAAAUAAAGAAGCAUCAUGCCAACAUCAGCGAGCUGAAGAAGAACUUUAUGGAGUCCGUCCCCGAGCCUCGGCCGAGCGAAUGGGACAAACGCCUGUCCGCCCAUUCCCCCUUCCGCACCCUUAACGUCAACGGGCAGAUUCCCACGGGAGCGGAUGGAAGUAAGAGUGACUUUCUCUCCAAAGAGGAUGUGGCUGCAGUGCCAGAGAGGAAAAGUGUUAACCCUGCCUUUCAAUGGGAGGGCCCAAAGCAGUCAGUAGCUUUUAGUGAGACCCAAAUGUCACCUGCCUCAGAGCCUGCUCCAAGUCGGGACUUUGGCGCGUCCUCCGUAAGCAGCGAGGAGGAGGCGGCUGCUUCCAGCCUCCCCGAGAGCGCGGAGGACCUGAGAUGGGACAAGGGGGGUUUUGCAGCUGCGGAAAAGCAGGCGGCCGACUCAGAGCGAUCUGAGCCGGAGCGCCUGGUAAUCCCCGCUGCGCCUCCGCCGCAGCCCUGGGGAAGAGAGGAGGUGGCAGAGGCUGGCGACGACAGAUUGGCGCGAGAAGCGUUUAGAAAGCUAAAUGGAGUGUGUCGCGGCUUGAAGGUUAAUAAUGGGCUUCCAGCAGUCUUUCGCUGCUUCCAGCCACCUCUAGUGAAGACGCAGACAGUCACCAUCUCGGACGUAUCCAAUGCUGUGAAAAGUGAAAUUCCAACAAAAGAAGUUCCCAUUGUCCACACGGAAACUAAGACCAUCACCUAUGAAGCUGCACAGACGGAUGGCGGCAACGGAGACUUGGAGCCCGGCAUCCUGCUGACUGCUCAGACCAUCACCUCCGAAACCACCAGCAGCACCACCACCACGCAGAUCACCAAGACUGUAAAAGGUGGCAUAUCAGAGACACGGAUUGAAAAGAGGAUUGUCAUCACGGGAGAUGCAGAUGUAGACCACGACCAGGUUCUAGCACAAGCCAUAAAAGCAGCAAAAGAACAGCACCCGGACAUGUCGGUGACCAAAGUGGUCGUGCACCAGGAGACGGAGAUUGCCGAAGAGUAGCAAGGCCACGGAGUGUUCCUGCCAGACAGAGCACAGGGGAAAAGAAACCCAGCAAAACUACAAAGAAACUACCUGGAGCACAAAGACCUCAGAUUUACCAGACUUACACUCAGAAACUGAACAUUCAUAUCAUUUAUUAGGAGUUGCGCUUUGACGUUUUACUUGGGAUUUUUCCAGAAUCCAAUGGAUAUCCACUAUUGGAUAUAGUGGGUUUUUUUGUUGUUUUUUUUAUAUUGUGACAAACAGUAUGCCAUAUUUCUAACUGUACUGAACAUUUUUUACAGGUUUUCAAUUUUGCAUUCCCUCUCACGCAUAGCCUCUUCAGAUACAGGCCCAACCACAACUUGAAGGGCUCAAAGGGUUGGGUGGUUUUUUUGGUGUUUUUUUUUUUUUUAAUAAGUCUUUUCCCCCUCAGCCUUGUCAGGCGUAAUGGAGAUAAGUCACAUUAGUGCAUCCUCUGAGAGCAGACUUUGUACCCAAAAAGCUACCGCUGGGUCCUUCUGCCACAAGAGACAGUUUUCAAAAGUCGGACUUCAGCUUGUGCAGCCUUUCAUGUCGCCCCUUGAUUUUCAGCUCUAGGGCGCUGGCGUCUCCAGCCGCGAUACCUGGGCGUACAGAGCAGAGCUGCUGCCUUUAAGCUGAGUCUCCUCGCCUUUGUGGCUUUCCGACCGGCGCUGUUGGAACGCAGUCGGGUUGCGGGGUGUAAGCGUGUACCCACAUGUUAAUAGUUGGCUAGGUUUAAGGAAUCCCGAGAGUUGCUUCAAGUAGCCGAUACUGUGAAUCGUAGAGCUUUCGGAGGACGGUGGUAGGCCCUUCGCCUUUCUCCUGUGUAGCUCUGCCUAGUGCUACCUUACCUGUUUGUGUUUUCUAGACGCCAUUAAAUUAAAAAGCCCUUAGAAGCGUGUGUUUAAGAUGUGUUGACUCUGAAUGCUAUUAAGGUAGGCUUAUGCAGCAUUCACAGUAACUGAUUAUUUUCUUUUCCAGUGUCAUAGUUUUCCACUUGUUUUGUGUUCUUGAUUUUUAAAGAAGGUUGUUUUUUUUUUUUAAGUCACGUUUGUUUGGGUUUUUUUUUUUCCCCUCCCAGUGCUGAAUACAUUACCCACAUAUCAGGACAAAGAUGUUAUAUUCUGCUAUCAUUUAGUUUAAAAUCCUUUAGACAAUCCUUAGACCUGGAAGCUGUAUUUGGAGAGGCUGGACAAGACACCGUAGGAGGUGUCUUGGUUUUGCUCGUUGUGAUAAAGCCAAGCCAUCUGCGGAGCAUCACUGCGCACGAGGAACGUGCUGCCACCCCCUCUCCCGCGCUGGCUCAAGGGUCUGUGCUUUGGCUUUGUGGCCACCACGCUGGAAUGAAGUACCAGGGCUAAGAGUGGCUGCAUCUUCUGGCUUGGCUUACAGACCACAUCAAAAAUGUCUUUUUAAAGAAGCACAUAAUGUACAGUUUGUUUGUAGACACUCCAGUCACCGCAGUUGCACGAGUUUACGGCCUCCUCUUGCAGUCACCUCUCAAGUGUACUUUAAGAGGCAUCUUCGGCUAGGCGGAGAUGACCAUAAAACUCUCCCGUUUUCCCCGUCUGUACGGAGGCUUGGGUGCACGUCCUUCACGGCGGCGGGGCCUGAGCUCCCCCGGCUGCUUUUUGAGUUUCAUGGAAAUGUUCUGAUCAUGCCCUGGUUUCUCCUUCCAGCAGGUUGGUAGGGGUUUUUUUGGUUUUUUUUGUUUGUUUGUUUUUUUAAGAAAAAGCUGUGUUAAGACUCUGCCCAGACACUUGUGAACACUUUAGUAGGACUUUGAGGUUGUGAUUUUGUAUAUGGCGUGGCACAGAGGUAGCUGAGGGCAUGGAGUGCUCUGCUGCCACCCUUCCAUCGAGGGUGGGAAGCACAUGGCAAUAAAAGAAGUUUUCUGCUAUUUUAGGUUUGAAUAGUGUGUUUCAGAGGUCACUGGGUUUAGCUCAGGCUGCAAUGACUUGCCAUUUAGCUGAGAGUAGUCUUUGACCUACACUAGGGCUAGUGUAGCUUCUCAGAUUCAGGUGCAAUUUUAAUUAAGCUGUCAGUAUUGUUUGGAGACGAUGCUGAAAACGCUGGAGCUGCUGGAGUUUUGCUUUUCCCAGAGCCUAGUGAGGCUCAGCCCAGCUCUCCGGCAUGGGCGGCUCCUCGCCAGGCUGCUCCAGGGGCUGGUCUCUCCUGGAGGCGCUGCAGGCGGGUGGCAGGCCCUCUUGCGUGCACCUGCGGGGUCUUGGGCUGGUUCUUGGCAUCCCGCUUUGCGGGUUUGGGGAGUCCUCUGCUCCACGACUUUAGCGUAGAGAUGAAGUCUUCCUAUUUUAUGUCUGAACAGCCCUUUCCUUCCUUUGGCUGCAAGGCAGAUCCUUUAAUGGGUGGGUGACUCUGCUCUCUGUCCUCAUUGGGUAACGCUUGCCUUAACCGACCGUCAUGCUGAGCAUCUGUCCGGUGAUGUCCCGUAUCUGGGAAUUUCAGUUUUUGCUACUUGGUCCUUCCUUGUGUUCUCUCCCUGUAGCAGGUAAAUCAUCCGAAAAUGAGCACGCAGAGAUUUCUUAGAUUUACCAGAGAAAACCAGUGUGAUAAAUUAGGUUUCUCCGUAGCACUUAAAGGCACUUGGCAGUCACGAGACUCAGGUGAACACGGCGCAAGGCUGUAGCGUGGUCCUCUGUGUCGAGGUAGCGCGUGGACUGACCGUGUUGAAAAGAGCCAAACGUCCCGAGUAACGGAUGCAUAAACUUCCUAGGGCUCGGAAACCUGUUGGCGUGAGAGGUGGUUCCUUUCCAAAAGGACUGCGGGAUCCCCCCCUUCCUAAGGGGCCAUGGAAAAAAAUAACCCUUACCUAUAUGUAUAUAUUUUUUGGCUGGAUUUUAGGUGGCUGUCUCCAGGUCGUUCAUUCACACGCUUCCCCUUGGUUACGUUUAAGUUCUUGCUUUUUUUUCAAACCACUCGGAGCAGAGUUGCUCCCCGAGGCACCUCCUCCCCAUCGCUGUGACUCUUCGCCACCCUGUUGCCUGACCCCACGGGGGAUUUCCAGCCCUCCUGAGCCUCUCUAGCGGAUGAGGCCGUGUACGUGGAGCCGGAGAAAAAGCAGCGGCAGCCUGGGAAGAAGAUACAGGAGCUCUCUGCAGCACCAGCGCCAAAAAACAUAAGUAGCUUCUUGCAUCUUCACCCAGCGCCGCCGCGGUGGGACCGCCUGCGCCCCUCCUCUGCCACGGGGCUUAACAAACCCGGCUCUUAGCGCGUUACCUAUUUCUGGAGACAAAACAGCGAUAUAAGGUCUAUUUAUAUGAAUGUUCCCAGCUCUCCCCAGUCCACAAAUUCACCUACAGACUGUCUUGAUUGUAUAAUACACAUUAUAUGGAAGCUAUUUAUAUAUGAACGAAUGUUUUUUAUAGAAAGGAAGGCAAGGAGCUCGUGACCUGGUCUCAUCCAUUGAAGCGGAACGGCAGCGCCGGUUGCCAAACAGCAAUCUCUGAACAGCACGGCUGAUUUCAUCAAAGGACUGGCUGAUUUCUGGUUUUAAUAAACCGUGGUUUGCUGAUUUCCUAAUUGUACAAUGACCUUAAGAGAUGGUAGCGUCCCCAACCUUAGAGAUUAAACUUGUAAAAAAAAAAAAAAAAAAAAAAAAA